CCUGGCCGGACGGGAGAAAUGUCCGUUCAUCUGUCCGUGAUUCAGCUCGAACGUUUUAAACAUUCACCUUAUCACAGUACAGAUGUUAUCUUGUGAGAUAUAAAUGUGACUUAGGCUACUGUACUGCAGUGAGUAGUACUGAAUGCGGCUGUCUCAGCGGACAUCACACGCGUCGCAUCUUACUGCAGAAUCAUCUAGGCCACAGGCAGAGCCGAGCUUUGAUGGACCGCAUGAAGAUCAUAAAAAAACAUCUGUCCAUGAGCUUGCACAGUGUCCGGCGUCUUGAUGAAAGUCUGUCAGAUCUUCCAGAACACACUGGAUUGGAUGAGCCCUCCGUGUCACUGGCCUGUGUUCAUGUUAAAAUGGGUUCAGAUGGAGAGAGUGAUCAGGCUUCAGGAGCCUCUUCUGAUGAAGUUCAGAGUCCUGUAAGAGUCCGAAUGCGCAACCUUCCACAGCGCAUCUGUAAUGAGGACAUAAAUAAGCGCCUGUCACUGCCAGCUGAUAUCCGUUUGCCGGAGGGUUACCUGAAGAAGUUUACCACAAACAGUCCCCCAUUUGACAAACCUUUGAGUCGAAGGCUUCGUCGAACUUCACUUUCAGAAAUUGGCUUUGGCAAAUUAGAGACAUACAUCAAACUGGACAAACUGGGAGAGGGCACAUAUGCAACAGUGUUUAAGGGUCGUAGUAAAUUAACAGAUAAUUUGGUGGCUCUGAAAGAGAUCAGACUGGAGUAUGAAGAGGGCGCACCCUGCACCGCCAUACGAGAAGUGUCUCUCCUAAAGGAUUUAAAACACGCCAACAUCGUCACCCUCCAUGACAUCAUUCAUACAGACAAGUGCCUUACACUUGUCUUCGAGUACUUGGAGAGAGAUCUCAAACAGUACCUGGAUGACUGUAGCAGUAUAAUGAGUGUUUAUAAUGUGAAGAUUUUCCUAUUUCAGCUCUUGCGAGGUCUCGCUUAUUGCCAUCGUCGAAAAGUUUUGCACAGAGACCUAAAACCUCAGAACAUUCUGAUCAACGACAGGGGAGAACUCAAACUCGCUGACUUUGGUCUUGCGCGUGAAAAGUCAGUGCCCACAAAGACAUUCUCAAAUGAAGUCGUCACACUCUGGUACAGACCUCCUGAUGUGCUGCUGGGCUCAACAGAGUACUCCACCUCCAUUGACAUCUGGGGUGUAGGUUGUAUAUUCUAUGAAAUGAUCACAGGACGGCCCCUGUUCCCUGGAUCAACUGUGGAGGAUGAACUUCAUCUUAUAUUUCGCAUCUUGGGUUCUCCUACUGAGAAGUCUUGGCCAGGAGUCAAUACCAAUGAAAACUUCCAUUCAUACAACUUUCCUCCUUAUGAUGGUGAACCUCUCAUCACACACGCACCCAGGAUCGGUAAUGAUGGUCAUGGUCUACUCUGCCAGUUAUUGCAGUUUGAGGCAAGACAGCGUAUUUUGGCAGAAGAGGCUCUCCAGCACAUUUAUUUCAGAGAUCUGGGAGACAAAGUGCAGGAACUGGCUGACACUGCAUCCAUCUUCUCCAUUAAGGAGAUUCGGCUGCAGAAGGACCCAGGAAAACACUUCAGCACUCAGAGAGAGAUGGCUGUGGCCCAUCGGAUGGGCUCAGCCCCAUCUGAACAUUUUCCCAAUGAAGGAGUGAAUCGUGUUCUACAUUCAGUCCCUCUCUCUUCAUAAACAUGCUUAUGGGUAAUUCAACAUUUCACCAAUAACUCGCCAGUACAGGAAGUUGAUGGGGAAGACACCAAACAGGAAGAGAUGCUGCAUCUUUUCAAUGCUUUUGCCUUAUAAAUCAAAAGUUGGUAUGUGUUUGCAAGUGUGUAAUGAGGGCACCUGAGCAGUUUCAUUACUGCAACACCUUGUUGCCAUUUCACUACUCCUAUAAUGUUUAUUAAAUAACCACCAGAUUUGGCUCAGAUGAUCUUCAGAUCAUGACAGACAAAAAGAUUGCUAAUGUCACAUGAGAUCCAUCCAACAAUAUCUGCAUAUUUCCAGAGACUUACACAAAAUAAGCCAAUAGUUGUUUGACAUCAGUAGCAUUACGUUUAGUGCUUCUUUAUUCACUCUGUCCCCAUAGCAGCUCAGGGGUAAUCUCAAAAACAGAGCAUUUUGUUUGAACUCCGAUUAGGAUGUUUGCGGUGACAUUAUGCUCAAUGCACAACCAUAUGAUAUGUAGAGACUCACCAUAUGGGCAUAUUAAAAUCACUUCAAAAUCAUGUAAUGUUCAAUAUAAAGUAUGUAAAUAUGCGUAGGGUUGAUUUUUAGUUCACUUAUACACUCAAUGAAAUGUGCACAUACUGUGGUAGAACAAUUUAUAUCCCUUUACACCUUAUGAGUUAAAAUCAAGACUAUAGACACAAGAAAACAAAUCCGAGUGUGGUGGUGUGUUGGUUCAGCCUUAGGUCUUGAAUUUGAAGGCUGGUGGUUCAAUUCCUGUGAGGAGUGAUCUGUGAGCCAUCACCUUUGUGCCUUUGAGCACGACACUUACUGUAACACCAGGCUCCUCCAGGAAAGUUGUACCUGUAAUAAUUGAGUUGCAAGUCACUUUUGUUGAAAGCAUCUGCUGAAUUACUGCUUGCCUAGAUUAUGGAAAAAUGGAAACUCGACAUUGAUAUUUCAAAUGCAUGCAUCUCAGGAUUGACACUGUUAUACUAAAGUGUGUCCGAGCAAUCAUAGAGACAGCGAAGACUUCUGCGAACAGGUAAUAGGCAUGAAAGAGCAUGGAUAUUCUGCUACUUUUAAAGAUGUACUGACAGAAAGUGACAAGGAGAAAAUAUGAGGUGAAACUGGUUAAGAACAUGUUUGGGCCAUAUUUCACCCCAAAGUCAGAAGAAAUAAAUGAAAAAUUAUUUUGCAUAAACAAAUGGUACCUGUUUUAAAUUCAUUAAGAUUAAUGACAAUAGCUGGGUUUAUAUCCACAUAUUGUUAUGCAAAUUUUAGGAUAUUGCAUCAAAAAUGCUGGAUGGAAACACCCAAAUGCAAAUAAAAUCUCCAAAGUGCACAUAAAGAUUUUAUAAAUAUCUAUUGUGCUGAAUACCUUUUUAUUCAUUCAAAAAUAAGACAUCUGCAUAAACUACAAUGGAAACACAUUUAAAGAAUACUUUUCACUAUAUAAUUAUAUCUAAGGGAUAACAUACAGUCAGUCGGUCGUUAUCACAAAAAAUAAAUCCCAACAGGGUGAUCAUGACCUCGACGCGAAGUGGAUUAUAACAUGGCGUCCUACCAAAUAAAUAAAUUAAUGGACAUGAAAUAUUGAUUUAUUUUAUAAUGUGAGAAGAAAGAAAUUGUAGUCUCUAGAAACAGUUGAAUUUAAACUGUUUAAAUUAGUAUUUAAAUAGUUUUGUUGGUGAUCAUUUUGCCAAAAUGACCAUCUGACUGCUCAUUAUCCAGCUUAUUAAAGACUUCCUGCCAAAUCAAUUAAUAAAUGGACAUAAAAUAUUGAUUUGUGUUGAAAUUACGUAUGUUAUUAUGUGAGAAAAAUGAAAUCACUGAACAUCAAAUUUUCACCUCCGGUUGGUUUCGUAGUUCUGUUGGUGUUUAUUUAGCAAAAAUGACAAUCUGACUGCUCAUUAUCCAGCUUAUUACAAGACUACCUGCCAAAUUAAUGGACACAAAGUCCAUUAGAAACACAUGAGUCUCUAGAAACACAUGAAUUUAACUUAUGGUUUGCGUCAGUUUUGUUAGCGAUCAUUUUGCGAAAAUGACUGACUGCUCAUUAUCCAGCUUAUUACAAGACUACCUGCCAAAUGAAUGAAUAAAUGGACUUAAAAUAUUGAUUUGUGUUGAAAUUAUGUUAUUAUGUGAGAAGAAUGAAAUCACUGAACAUCAAAUUUUCAACUCCAGUUUGUGUCGUAUUUCUGUUGGUGUUAAUUUUGCAAAAAUGACUGUCUGACUGCUCAUUAUCCAGCUUAUUACAAGACUACUUGCCAAAUAAAUUAAUAAAUGGACAUGAAGUAUUGAUUUACAUCGUAAUUAUGUUAUAAUGUGAGAAGAAAGAAAUAUUUACAAACACAUGAUUUUAAGAUCUAAUUAGUGUCAGUUUUGUUUGUGAUCAUUUUGCCUAAAUGAUCGUCUGAGUGCUCAUUUUCCAGGUUAAUACAAGAGUACUUGCCAAAUAAAUAAGUAAGCCUAAAUUAUUUGAUUAGCUUACUUGUAGAGAUCACAAAGCAAUAUGAGAAGUAGGAAAAAUUACUCACAAUCUCAUGAUUACUGGACUGAUAUUACUUUAUCCACGGAUGUGGUUUUUAUUUAGGGUUGUUAUUUAGAAAUAUCAGACCACCAGAUGGCAUUAUUGACUAAUCAGAAUUGAGUAUUCCAGAGAGCUGCUUAAUAAAGGUAUACAGAUGGCCAUCAAAAAAGUUAUGUAACUUUGCCUCAAUAAGCCAUGUGAAUAAGCUCAGAGAAUAUAAUUGCAAAGCAUCUGAAAUUUUGCUAUGGUGAUUCUGAAAUCCAAAGUAUGUCAUCAAAAUGAUUGUCACUACUGGUCUAUUACUGUACAUCCCAGAACUGUGACGUCCUUUCACUCCCAGACAGAAGGCAUCUGCCACUUAACACUAACAAACAUGAAGUUCGUCAGAGCAUUUUGUCUGUGCGCUCUUAACCACAAGUCAUUUAUUACAUUGAAUCACAUGUUCUACCAAAUCAAUCUGUUUCUAGAAGUCUCUCUGUGUAUAACGCAUCCUGGACAACUGGGGAUUCUUGAUUCUGUAAUUAG